AUGCCUUCACUCUCUUCGCUCAAAAACAGAGUCAACGCCGCCAUUACUCCCCAGCAGCAGCAGCAGCGUGGCGGCGAUCAUCAGCAGCGGAAGAGGGCCGACGACGACGAUGACCAGUCGCUGGGAACUCUCCUUACUCGCGAAGAGCGCGCGGACUUGACCCUCCUCAUCUCACAGACCAUCGAGGAGAUGCGGAAGAGUCUGGUGAGGUCGUUCGAUGAGAGGCCGAGACCCAACCCGAAGGGAAACUCUCCAACAGCUGAAGUAGGCGAGGCAGCCAUGGAGGUCUCGAAAUUGAGCUUGUCGGCGGUUGAUGAGCAGUCGAAAGGGACACGCCUCGAAGGAGGCACGGGAGACAGCGAGCCCCAAGUCGAACCAGAGCCAGAGCCAGAGCCAGAGCCAGAGCCAGAGCCAGAUACAUUGCUGACGACGCCCACUCCGGAAUCCCAGGCCCUGAGGAGCGCGGCCCUGGCCUUUUUCGACGCCUGGGCCGAAAGCGUCAUCCUCCGCGUCGGCGAGGUGGUCAACUCGCGCGAUGAGGCCAUGCAGGACAAGAACCACGAACAAACCCGCAGACUUGCCACCGAGGCCGCGAGGCAGCAGUUCCGACCUAGCCCCCGUGAACAGGACGUCGACGACAAACUCGCGGAGGUGUUCCCGUCCAAUCCGACACCGCUGGCCCGUCUCAGCCAGGGCGAACGUUCCACCGUCGUCAAGGCAAUCCUGCUCCUCCUGCUCAGUCUCGAGGCCUACCGCGCCCACUCGCGCGUCCUCCUCGUGCGGCUCGCGGUCUCCCUCCGCAUCAGUGUCGCGGAAGUUUCUCAGAUGGAGAAAGACACGGCGUACGGCCUACUGACGGCUGCCGCGAAGAUGGACGCCAGCGAGUCCACCCGGAAGGCCCAACAGGCCUCGUCCACCGCGAGGAAGUGGAAGAUCGGUGUCGCUGGUGUGGCGGGUGCGGCAUUGAUUGGCAUCACCGGCGGUCUCGCGGCGCCUCUGCUAGCGGCCGGGGUGGGCACGCUCAUGGGCGGGUUGGGCCUGGGAGCCACGGCCGCAGCAGGGUAUUUGGGUGCACUGGCUGGAAGUUCGGUGCUUGUGGGGGGUCUGUUCGGCGCGUACGGGGCCAGGAUGACGAGCCAGGCCAUGGACAAGUACUCGAAAGAGAUCGAAGACUUCGCCUUCCUGCCCAUCAACGGCAAGGAAGAUGAUCCCGAGGAAAUGCAGAAGCAAUGCCGACGGCUGCGCAUCACGGUCGGCAUCUCCGGGUGGCUGACCAAGGAGGAUCAGGUCACACUCCCCUGGCGUGUGCUGGGCGAGGCCGGCGAACCCUUCGCGCUGCGGUGGGAGCUGCAGGCGCUGCUGAGCCUGGGGUCGGCGCUGACGGACUUCGUGGUCAGCCAGGCGUGGUCGCAGAUUCGGCGGGAGCUGAUCAAGCGCACCGUCUUCGCCGCCCUGUGGUCGGCCGUCAUGGCGCCGCUGGCCAUCCGCAAGGUGGUCAAGCUGGUGGACUCGCCGUUCGGCAUCGCCAAGAUGCGCGCCGUCAAGGCUGGCGAGGUGCUGGCCGACGCCCUCAUCAACCGCGUGCAGGGCGAGCGGCCCGUGUCGCUGGUUGGCCAGUCCCUGGGCGCGCGGGUCGUGUACUCGUGCUUGCUGACGCUGGCCAAGCGCGGCGCCUUCGGCCUGGUCGACCACGUCGUGCUGAUGGGGGCCCCAGUCCCCGCCGACCCCCGGCAGUGGCGGGCCAUGCGCGCCGUCGUGGCCGGCCGCGUGGUCAACGUCUACUCGCGGCAGGACUACAUCCUGGCCUUCCUGUACCGCACCAGCAGCGCGCAGCUGUCAGUGGCCGGGCUGCAGGACGUCGAGGGCGUGGCGGGCGUCGAGAACGUCGACUGCUCCGACUCCGUGUCGGGCCACCUCAAGUACAUGCACAUGACGGGGCCGAUCCUGAGGAAGAUUGGCUGGGCGGACCUCGACGACGACGUCCUCCGCCGCGAGGAGAUGUUGGUGCGUCAAAUCGACGAGGAGGAGAAGCUCGUCGAGCAGCAGGGCGACGACCCGGAGAAGGCCAGUGUGUGA